AUGCUCAUCUUUUCGGCAUUCAAGACCCUCACGGGGCAACAGGUCACCAUCGAGCUCAAGAACGAUCUUGCCAUCCAAGGCACCCUCAAGAGCGUUGACCAAUUUCUCAACUUCAAGAUCGACAACAUCCGUGUUCUCGACGAAGCGAAGCACCCUCACAUGAUGGCAGUCAAGUCAGCGUUCAUCCGAGGCUCGGUCGUUCGAUACGUUCACAUCCCCGCUGCCGCCGUCGACACACAGCUGCUCGAAGACGCGACAAGACGAGAGGCCGCAUCGCAAGCCAAGCGCUAA